CGCUAUUUAGGUAUAUUUUUGAGGGUGAGGCGGUAUAUUUUAUCGAAGGGUCCCGCGGUCACAAUGGUAAAGUAACAACAAGAAAAUGACGAAGAGAGUUAUUAUAAAAAAGUGUAUCUGUGUGCUGUCCUUCCUCCAACUCCUUGAACUUUGACUCUACGCUCCACGAAAUCUAACCCUUGUACCUGUAGAUUGUGUUGUUUGUCUCUGUUUGACCAAAAAAUGAAUGAAAAUGAUGAUGCGAAAAAGGUCUCCGUCAAGCGCUCUUCCGUGUCGGGGGAUCAGCUGGAUCCUGGUCAGCCUCGAUACAGCUACUCGGGACGCAUGCAAGAGCUGAUAGAGGGCUACAAUUCCGCGGUCCAGUUGCUGGUGCCCAAGUGGCCGUGGUUCUUCUAUCCCGGAUACCUGACAUACGCAGUAUAUUGGCGGUACGCCAAAUACUACAAGGGCAAGUUUCAUUUAACGCCCAUACCGAAUCGUCUCUACGAACUGCUCAUUAAAAAUGAGUUGAUCAAGUCGGAGCACUUGGUAUUCGCCAGCCAGGAUGUGUACGAUAGCUAUGCCGAGUCGCCAGACGUUAACUUUGUCAACCUGAUUAUCCGCGGCGGCAGUGCAACGAUCAACCAGCCAGCAUCAAGCAAUUCAGCGACCCAAUCAGUCAUUCAGCAAAUGCUGCAGGAAGCUCCACACACAAUAGUGGCGCAGAUAUUGCCGGUAGCUCAGUGUCAAGUCAACUGUCUUUAUGUCCAGGAAAACUUCUAUAGCAAUGUCCUGGACCGGUUUCGUGUUCGCUCCAAUUGCUGGAUCAAACUGGAACGCUUUGCCGAUGAACAAACCAUACCCGCCAUAGCCACCAAAUCUCAUGUGUAUAUGCUGAGCAAUCCCCACGAGCUGCCUGCCGAGGUGACGGAGCUCAUCCUGAACAACUAUUUUAAUACGCCGCGUCUACUGCAUCGCGGCCACACCUAUCGCAUCGAGGUGAACGCCAAACUGGUUGGCACCGCUGCCUAUGCCCACUAUUAUCUGAUAUUCGCGUAUCUGCGGCAGGUCCACUUCCGCUGCAUUCAUCUGGAGACAAAGAGCAGCGAGUUCGAGCUACAGGCGGUUGUGGCUAAGGGUCUUAGCAACCUGGUGCAAGUUCCCAAUGCCCAUAACUUCCUCCCACGACAAGUUCUUGACAACUUUGCCAUCGUUGAAAACUAUCCGAGUGGGCUGCGAAAGCCUUACCAGCUGCUGCGAUCAUCGGUUGACGCGUUUCUGCCCAAGAAGUCGGCCUGCCUGUCUUCCAAGCACAUCUUCCCAGUGUUUCUAGUCCAGGGUGAGCGGGGAUCUGGCAAAACUAAGCUCAUAAACGCCGUCGCCCAGGAGCUGGGAAUGCACUUGUAUGGAGCGGAUUGUGCCGAGAUCGUUUCGCAGGUUCCCUCGCACACAGAGAUGAAGCUGAAGGCGGUCUUCGCCAAGAGCCAAGUCACUGAGCCACUGUUGAUCUGCUUCCAUAAUUUCGAGAUAUUCGGCAUCGACAAUGAAGGCAACGAGGACCUGCGUCUGCUUUCGGCCUUCCAUGUCCAAGUACAAGAGCUGUUCUCUCGGGAUCGAAAGCAUCCUGUAGUUGUAGUUGCUCUAACCAGCGACAAGCACCUGAAGCCCAUGAUUCAGAGCUUGUUCCUUGAGGUAAUAAGCAUUGAAAUGCCGAGCAAGGAAGAGCGCUUUCAGAUCCUCCGUUGGAUGCACGCCCGUGAGACUUUCAACGAUAUGAUCUACAAUCAAAAGGCCAUCGACCGGUUGCCCUUGUUUUCGAGAGAAAACCAAUCACAGUUCAUGGCGCGCCUGUGUCCGAGUUGGAGGCAGACAAUGGGCGUGCUGCAGGAAGUGGCGGCCAAAUCACAGGGAUUUCUUCUGGGUGACCUGCAAUUGCUGUACGACAGUGCCAUUCGCAUGAAAAGCCGACAGAGGCUGGGUAGGAGCUGCCUUGACCUGUCCCACUUUUCCAAGAACUUGAGCGACAUGCAGAGCUCGUUUGCGGAUAGUUUGGGUGCGCCAAAGGUACCCAAGGUCUAUUGGUCGGACAUUGGCGGUCUGGCCAAACUGAAGGAUGAGAUUCAGAGCAGCAUAGGACUGCCGCUAAAGCACGUUCACCUCAUGGGCAAGAACCUACGGCGCUCCGGCAUUCUGCUCUACGGGCCGCCUGGAACGGGCAAAACCUUGGUUGCCAAGGCCGUGGCCACUGAAUGCAACCUGAGCUUCCUUUCAGUGCAGGGACCCGAGUUGCUCAACAUGUACGUGGGCCAGAGUGAACAGAAUGUGCGCGAGGUCUUUUCCCGUGCUCGCUCCGCGGCCCCCUGUGUGCUCUUCCUCGACGAGCUGGACUCCCUGGCACCAAAUCGAGGUGUGGCGGGCGAUUCUGGCGGUGUUAUGGAUCGCGUUGUGUCGCAGCUUCUUGCUGAGAUGGACGGCAUGAGCGAUGGCGACUCCAGUAAGCCCAUUUUCAUACUUGCUGCCACCAAUCGUCCGGACUUGAUUGAUCCCGCUCUGCUACGACCCGGUCGCUUCGAUAAGCUCUUCUACGUGGGGCCCUGCUCUACGUCCGAUGACAAAGCAGCUGUUUUGCGAGCGCAAACUCAGCGCUUUGUCCUGGACUCUGGUGUCAAUAUAGACGAGAUUGCCGAGCGCCUGAAGAACGAUAUGAGUGGCGCAGACCUGUACUCCAUCUGCUCGAAUGCCUGGCUAUCGGCUGUGAGACGCACCAUUGACCGGCACCUGAGUGGAAAGCUCUCGGAAGAGGAACUCCUGCCUGAGACCGUAAUCGUGGAGUCUGAAGACUUCACCAAGUCUUUCAACAAAUUUGUGCCUUCGAUAAGCAGAACGGAUCUGGAGUACUUCAACAACCUUAAGGCAUCCUACAGUGUUUGAUUAAUCCUACCAAUAGAUCGUCUCCUAGGUACGGCAAUCAUUUGUUAUACAUUUUUUGAUUAUUUUUGAAUAAAACUGUUGAUGGUUCACAAGCCAA